ACACAUUCACAAACACUCACAAACUCCAGGCUCUUGUUUGGGGAGUUGGUUUGUUGUGUGGAGUCACCAUCUUGCUCUUGGUAGACUGAAUGUAAACUCCAGUCCAAUGUAGGAGUUUCAGCUGCUGAAGUUGACUGCUUGGCACUUCCAUACAGUUGCUGUCCAUGGUGCUGAAUUAACCAGAGACAUAGAUAGUCAGAAUUCAGCUAACAGUCAAGUCAGAUGAGGAGAAACCUUAGAUCAGUUUAUUUGGUACACAUUUCAUAAACCUGGCCUUUUGAAGCAAUAAAAUCCAGUUAUAUUUAACCAAACACUGACAUCUAGCGGAAAUGUCCUGCACAGACUCAAACUGAUAUAAAGACAACUCAGCAGAGAGCUCCACCCUACUCCUGCUUAACAGGAAGGAGAAACGCUCACAACAGAACAGCGCUGUGACAUGCAGCUAUUUAGAAUUUUUGGUAAACAACCAAGAAUCAAAACAACAAUUGAAGACUAAGGAACACCGUCAGGAAAACAGAGAUUUCAGAUAAGUUCAGAUAAGUUUUCGAAAGUGAACCUCAGUCAAAAGAGUUCAGAAGUCAGAAGUGAAAGUAAACCUUCAUAACAGAGAUAAGCAGUGAGAAAUGGCCUCUAAAGCUUCACUCUCCGAGGUUGAUUUCUCCUGUCCAGUAUGCUGUGACAUCUUCAAGGAUCCUGUGGUCCUGUUGUGUAGCCACAGCUUCUGUAAAGCCUGUCUGGAGGAAUACUGGAAACAGAAGACAUCUUGGGAAUGUCCAGUCUGCAGAAAGAAAUCAUCAAUGGAAUUUCCCCCCUGUAACCUGGUUUUAAAGAACCUGUGUGAGGCCUACUUACAGGACAGAAGCCAGAGAGCUUCAGCAGGGCCUGAGGUGCUCUGCAGUCAACACAGUGAGAAACUCAAGCUCUUCUGUCUGGAGGAUAAACAGCCCAUCUGUUUGGUGUGUCAAACUUCCAAAAAGCAUAAAAGCCAUGACUGCUGCCCAAUAGAUGAAGCUGUACUGGAUCAUAAGGAGGAACUCAAGACUUCACUGAAGCCCUUACAGGAGAAAUUGAAGGUCUUUGGAGAAGUUAAACUAACCUGUCAUAAAACAGCCAACCACAUCAAAAGCCAGGCCCAGCACACAGAGAGGCUGAUUAAGAUGAGGUUUGAGAAGCUUCAUCAGUUUCUAUAUGAGGAAGAGAGAGCCAGGAUAGCUGAACUGAAGGAGGAAGAGAAGCAGAAGAGUCAGAUGAUGAAGAAGAAGAUUGAGAAGAUGAGCAGAGAGAUAUCACUUUCAGACACAAUCAGAACCAUAGAAGAAGAGCUGGGAGCUGAGGACAUCUCAUUCCUGCAGAACUACAAGGAUACAGUGAAAAGAGCCCAGUGUACACUGCCAGAUCCAGAGAGGGUUUCAGGAGCGCUGAUCGAUGUGGCAAAGUACCUGGGAAACCUGCAGUUCAGAGUCUGGGAGAAGAUGCAGGGAGUAGUUCAGUACACUCCAGUGACUCUGGACCCCAACACUUCCCACCCACAUCUCAUCCUGUCUGAUGAUCUGACCAGUGUGAGAUACAGUGAUGAGAAACAGCAGCUUCCUGACAACCCAGAGAGGUUUGAUGAGGAAGAAACUGUCCUGGGUUUUGAGGGUUUUAACUCAGGAACACACAGCUGGGACAUUGAUGUUGGGGAGAAUAUAUACUGGUACCUGGGUGUGAUCACAGAGUCUGUCCAGAGGAAGGGAGACAGUGGAUAUUGGGAUGGAUCCUGGGGUGUGUUGUUUGGUGGUGGUGAUUAUAACACACAUGUACCAAAGCAGCCACUCACCCCCCUCACAGUGAGACAGAAUCCCCAGAGGAUCAGAGUGCAGCUAGACUGGGAAGGAGGAAAGCUGUCCUUCUCUGACCCUGUCAAUAACACACAUCUACACACAUUCACACACACUUUCACUGAGAGAGUCCUUCCAUUCAUCUGCACUGGCUUUUGUCCCCUCCCUCUCAGGGUUUUACCAGGGAAGGUGUCUGUAUCAGUGGAUACUGUCUCUGUCUGAAUCAGGGACUAACAGGAUGUAAAUGAGUCAGUAACACUCACUGAUGUCCUUCAUUAAGAUUCUCACAGAGGGAGGACACACUGUGAUGUAGUAGAGGGGACCUUCGUCCAUUAACUCAGGAGCACACAGCUGGGACAUUGAUGUUGGGGAGAAUACAUUCUGGUGCCUGGGUGUGACCCCAGAGUCUGUCUGGAUCUUCCUCCAUUAAGAACACUCCUGCUGAAACAUUUGCACCUGUCAGAAAAUCGUCACUAUUAUAAUACUCUAUCACAAUAAUCACUGUUAAUAUUACAAUAAUCAUUAUUCAUAUUACAAUAACAAUUAUUCAUAUGACAAUAAUCACUAUUAAUAUUAGAAUAACCAUUAUUAAUAUUACAAUAAUCACUACUAAUACUACAAUAACCAUUAUUCAUAUUACAAUAACCACUAUUAAUAUUACAAUAAUCACUAUUAAUAUUACAAUAACCAUUAUUAAUAUUACAAUAAUCACUGUUACUAUACAAUAAUCAAUAUUAAUACUAUUUAUCUAACACUUUCACCUGUCAGACAAUAAUCUCUAACAUCUGAACAAGUUUCCCAACAUUUUAGUUGUGUGUUAACAGAGAUUGGUCAAACAGUGGUAGUCAUCACUAUUAUAGAAUAUAAAUGUCACCUGUUGGUUGUUGGGUUUUCUUUUUACCACAUUUGGAUGUUGUCACUGGUUAUGUCAACACUGUUAUGUAUCCCAGUCAACUUGGGCUCCCUGAAAAACAUUUGCUGUACAGUGUUGUGGCCUUGGACCAAGACUCCGUUAACUAGCUUAUUAACACCAACACAUGUAACACAUGUCUAUGGAUUGUAACACAUUUUCAUCAAAUUAACAUGUUAAAUUAUCUCAA